GGGAGACAGCUGAGAGCUGCAGAUAGACCACUCACUCUCACAGUUCUGACUCGUGUCUCUUAUCCUCAUUUCACCCUCUCUCUUUCACUGCCAUGGAUCUCUUUUUAUUUUAAGGAUACGUUUUCUAUAUUGUCACCCUCAUAUGGAUCACAGUGUGCUUCUUGCUUGGAUUUGACAGCUGUGUGUGUGUAUGUGGGUGUGAGCCAUGCUACGCGUGUUCAUUCUGUGUGCAGAGCGGUUGCAAACGCCGGACGAUGACAUCAGUGAUGCCUACUGCAGCGUCACCUAUGAAGGGUCCAAGAAGAAGACAAAGGUCAUCAAAAACAAUCCUAACCCUGUGUGGAAUGAGGGUUUUGAGUGGGAUCUGAAGGGGAUUCCUCUGGACUCUGGAGCUGAGAUUCACUGUGUUGUUAAAGAUCAUGAGAAAAUGGGGAGAAACAGGUUUCUGGGGGAGUGUCGGCUAGGUCUUAGAGAUGUGCUCAACUCUCCCAAUUUCGCCGCCACCUUCACCGUCUCCUUGCUGGACACCAAGAGGAACAACACAGGGGCCACGCUGACCCUGCAAGUUUCCUACCUUCCUCCUCCAGGAUCGGCUCCGAUGUUUCAGCCUCCUCCCCAGCUGGAGCCUCAGCCUCAUAACAAUCCUAGUGUGGAGCUGGACACAGUCACAAUGAUCUCUCUAGAUACUUUGGGCGAGGAGGAUACAGAGAGUAUGAUGAUGCUUGAGCCCACAGAGGACCAGGGAGCAGACGAUGGACGCUCCAUGGUGAUAAUUGGUCCUCAGGGGCCCCCGGGCCAGGAAUCCCCCACCGCCCAGACGCCCAAGCGUUCACCGCCAUCCUACCACACCCAAGGAGGGCUGAGGAAGAGGAGGAGAGGAGCCAGCAGUCAGCCCAAACAGCUACCCAACAAACCACAGGAUCUACAGAUUCGUGUGCGGGUCAUUAAGGGACGACAGUUGCCGGGCAUCAACAUUAAACCUGUUGUUAAGAUAGCAGUUGCCGGGCAGUCCAAGAGGACCCGAAUCAGAAAGGGGAACAACCCAGUCUUUGAUGAGACUUUCUUCCUGAACUUCUUCGAGACGCCCUCAGACUUGUUUGACGAACCCAUUUUCAUCACUGUAUGUGACUCUCGUUCGCUUAGAACCGAUGCCGUGAUAGGUGAAUUCAAGAUGGAUGUAGGCACCAUCUACAAUGAGCACAGGCACUGCUUCUUGAGGAAGUGGCUUCUGCUUUGUGACCCUGACGACCUCUCUGCUGGGGUCAAAGGCUACCUGAAGGUCAGCUUGUUUGUCUUAGCAGCUGGAGAUGAGCCACCGGCUGAUAAACGUGAGUGUGUGGAGGAUAAAGAGGAUGUAGAAUCAAACCUGUUGAGGCCUGCAGGUCUUUCUUUGAGAGGAGCCUCGUUCAACCUGAGGAUCUUCAGAGCUGAAGACCUGCCACAGAUGGACGAUGCCUUCAUGGAUGGGAUGAGGCAGAUUCUUGGCUUUGAUAGCAACAGGAAGAAUCUGGUGGAUCCUCUGGUGGAGAUUCACUUUGCUGGCAAAACGAUUUGCACGAAGACUUUGGAAAAGAAUGCCAAUCCACAGUGGAACCAGCGCCUGGCCAUGCCAGUCAGAUUUCCUUCCAUGUGUGAGAAGAUGAGGAUCAGAAUUCUGGACUGGGAUAGAGCCAGUCACAACGACGUUAUCGGCACCACCCACCUCUGUAUGUCCAAGAUCUCCGCCCCCGGAGGAGAGAUAGAUGAUGACUUGACUCCACGGAGCGUCCACUCUGGCAUGGAUGACAGUCUUGGUUUCCUGCCAACAUUUGGUCCAUGUUUUGUAAACCUAUACGGCAGCCCCAGAGAGUUCACCGCCUUCAAUGACCCCCAUGAGGCUCUUAACUUGGGAAAAGGGGAGGGCGUGGCAUACCGAGGCCGGGUUUUACUGGAACUUACCACGAAACUGGUGGACAAGCCGGAGCAAAAAACUGAAGACAUACCCUCAGAUGAUCUUUUGGUGGUGGAGAAGUUUCUCAGGAAGAGGAAGUUCUCGCUCUUCGUUGCGUUUUACUCGGCCACGCUCCUCCAGGACGUCGACGACGCCAUCCAGUUUGAAGUCAGCAUCGGCAACUACGGCAACAAAUUCGACUACACCUGCCUUCCUCUGGCCUCCACUACUCAGUUUAGCAGGGCAGUGUUUGACGGUUGCCACUAUUACUACCUCCCAUGGGGAAAUGUUAAGCCGGUGGUUGUUCUCUCUUCUGAGUGGGAGGACAUCAAGCCAAGGAUCGAGGCUCUCAACAUGUUGCUGACCAUCACAGACAGGCUGGAGGCGAACCUGCAGAGGGUGCAGCUGGCAGUAAAGGCUGGUGGUGAUCUGGAGGAGGUGGAGCUCAGAGUGGUGGAGUUGUUGGAUCAGCUUAUCAGUGACUGCAGUGAUGAGCUGCCCUCACUCGAUCAGUGGCAGUGUGCAACGCCUCUGGAUCGCUCGCUGAGGCACGUUCGUACCCUCCACCUGCAGCAGAUCGCUGCGGCGGCGCUGGCUCUCAAACACGGCCCGGAGACUGAGCUCUCCACGAUGCUGGAGCAGGCUGAGGACUGGGCCAACAGGCUGAGGACCAUGACUGAAGAGCCCCAGAACAGCCUUCCAGACAUCGUGAUAUGGAUGUUGCAGGGUGACCGCAGGGUAGCGUACCACCGCAUCCCAGCACACACCGUCAUCUUCUCCCAGCAGCACUGUGGGAAACACUGCGGUCAGCUGCAGACUGUCUUUCUUAAGUGUCCACAGGGCAGUGGAGGAGAAGCCAAACUUCCCGGUCAGUUGAGGGUUAAAGUUUGGUUUGGAUUGGCUGCUGAUGUCAAACACUUCAAUGAAUACGCUGAAGGAAAACUGUCUGUCUUUGCUGAGGCGUAUGAGAACCAGACACGGCUCGCCCUGGUGGGCAGCUGGGGAACUACAGGUUUAACCUACCCCAAGUAUAGCGACAUCACCGGGAGAGUUAAACUGCCCAAAGAGAGUUUCAAACCCUCACCCGGCUGGUCCUGGGCUGGAGACUGGUACAUCAGCCCCGAGAGGACACUCUUGUUUGAUGUGGAUGCCGGUCACAUGACCUUCACAGAGGAAGUAUUUGAAAACCAGAUGAGGCUACCAGGUGGCCAGUGGAUCGGCAUGCAGGAAGGAUACACGGAUGUGAACGGGGAGAAGGCGGUGCCAAAGGACGAGAUUGAGUGUCCACCAGGUUGGGUAUGGGAGGAGGUGGAGUGGAGUGAGGAUCUCAACAGGGCUGUGGAUGAUCAAGGCUGGGAGUACGGCAUCACCAUUCCCCCAGACCGACGUCCCAAGUCGUGGGUGCCGGCAGAGAAGAUGUACCACACCAACCGACGGAGACGAUGGAUACGGAUGAGGCGACGAGACCAGCAGAAGAUGGACGCUCUGAGAAAGCAGCGUCCAGACGAGGCGGAGAGGGAGGGCUGGGAGUACGCCUCGCUUUUUGGCUGGAGGUUCCACGUUUUGUUUCUGGUCUGCUCCUCUCCUCCGACCCUUCCUCCACAGAGCAGUAUAGAGGACAAGAAUGAAGACAAGUCGGUUACGACCACGUUUGGAGUCAACAGACCUACCAUUUCCUGUUUCUUUGAGUGUGGCACUCGAUACCAUCUGCGCUGCUAUCUGUAUCAAGCCAGAGACCUGCUGCCCAUGGACAAAGACAGCUUCUCAGACCCCUACGCGAUCGUAUCCUUCCUCCACCAAUCCCAGAAGACGGUGACAGUGCGAAACACUCUCAAUCCCACCUGGGACCAGACGCUCAUCUUCUAUGAAGUGGAGAUUUUUGGCGACUCCGAGGUCACGAUGGCCAGCCCCCCCAAUAUUAUAGUGGAACUCUACGAUCAGGACACAUACGGAGCUGAUGAGUUCAUGGGUCGCUGCGUGUGCCAGCCCUCACUGACUCGGUCGCCACGCCUGGCCUGGUUCCCAAUUCGCAGAGGGGACAAGAACGCUGGCGAGCUGCUGGCUGCCUUUGAGCUUAUACGCAGAGAAAAGCCGUCACUUCACCAUAUUCCAGGUCAAGAGGGAGAUUUCCUGACUUCCACCCACGUCUUAGAUGAGCUGAUGUUUCCAGGAUUCCUCUCUGAAAACCUGCAGCAAUGGCCGGAGGAGUCAGACCUUCCCUACCCACCGCCUCAGAGAGAGCCAAAUGUCUUCAUGAUUCCUCAGGGAAUCAAACCUGUUCUGCAGAGAACUGCCAUCGAGAUUUUAGCAUGGGGCGUCCGGAACCUGAAGAGCUUCCAGCUGGCCAGCGUUACCUCCCCCAGCCUGCAGGUGGAGUGUGGAGGCAGCAUGGUCCAGAGCUGCGUCAUCCGCAGUGUGAAGAAGAAGCCUAACUUUGACAUUAAUACGCUUCUCCUUGAUGUGAGACUUCCCCAAGAGGAGCUCUACAUGCCGCCAAUCGUCAUCAAAGUCAUUGACAAUCGUCAGUUUGGGAGGAAGCCGGUGGUUGGGCAGUGCACCAUCCGCUCGCUGGAGGAGUACCGCUACAACCAAGAAGAUGAGCAACCAGUGGAGUUGGAGGGAGAGGAGGAAGGAUGGAGACGUGAGACGCCCCAUUUAAUUUCUGGGGAGGUUUUUAUUGACAUCGAUGAUGAGCAGCCGCUUGUGUCUGACCAGCUUGCGGAUGGAACCAGUUCUGCUAUCAUUAACCUUUCAACCUCUAGUUCCAGCCUUCAUGGAGAAGAGAUUAUGGACUGGUGGAGUAAGUUCUACGCAUCGACUGGAGAGGAAAACAAGUGUGCGACUUAUCUAGAGGAAGGCUUUGACACUCUCAAGGUGUAUGACCGGGAGCUGGAGAAGAUCGAGGAUUUUAAAGGGCUCUCUGAUUUCUGCCAAACAUUCAAACUGUACAGAGGAAAGACUCAAGAUGAAGGAGAAGAUCCCUCAGUGGUGGGAGAGUUCAAGGGCAUGUUUAAGAUCUACCCCCUGCCAGAUGACCCCGGUGCCCCUGUUCCCACAAGGCAGUUCAGAAAGCUGCCUCCCAACGGCAUCGAGGAGUGCUUGGUCCGAGUCUACAUCAUCCAGGCUCAUGGACUCCAGCCCAAAGACCCCAAUGGGAAGUGUGACCCGUAUGUGAAGAUCACGCUGGGGAAGAAGUCAGUCAACGACCAUGAAAACUACAUCCCCUGUACACUGGACCCAGUCUUUGGAAAGAUGUUUGAGCUCACAUGUUCUCUCCCACUGGAAAAGGACCUUCGCGUGAUGCUGUACGACCACGACAUGCUCACCAAAGACGAGAAGAUCGGCGAGACGGUGAUUGACCUGGAGAACCGCUUCCUGUCCAAAUAUGGAGCCAUGUGUGGCCUGCCACAGUCAUAUCAUAUAUCUGGAGUAAACCAGUGGCGAGACCAGCUGACACCCACCCAGCUGCUAUACAGAUUCUGUGAGAGAAGAAAUCUGCAGAAGCCAGUCUAUGAAGACGAAGCAGUCCGCUUCAAAGGAGAACGAUACAUUGCUGCCGACCUCGAGGACAAAAAUGUGUCCAAACGUCAUCUUGGCCCAAUUAAGGAGCGACUGUCCCUUCACAUCUUGAGGAAACUGGGAUUGGUAUCCGAACAUGUGGAAACCAGACCACUCUACAGCCCGCUCCAACCUGACAUAGAGCAGGGGCGUCUGAUGAUGUGGGUUGACCUCUUCCCCAAGUCUCUGGGACCACCUGGACCGCCGUUCAACAUCACGCCACGAAAGGCCAAAAAGUUCUUCCUGCGUUGCAUCAUCUGGAACACCAGUGAUGUCAUCCUGGAUGAUGUCAGCAUCAGCGGGGAGAAGAUGAGUGACAUUUAUGUCAAAGGCUGGCUCGACGGACAUGAACACAACAAGCAGAAGACAGACGUCCACUACCGCUCUCUGGGAGGAGAGGGGAACUUCAACUACAGAUUCAUGUUUCCCUUCAACUACUUACCAGCAGAGCAGCUGUGCGUCGUUGACAAAAAGGAACAUUUCUGGAGUCUGGAUAAAGCCGAGACUAAACUGGCUCCUAAACUGACCAUUCAGAUCUGGGACAACGACAAGUUCUCCUUUGACGACUACCUAGGUCACCUGGUGAUGGACCUGAACCACAUGUUGCGUCCAGCAAAGUCUCCAGAGAAGUGUACCCUUCAGGUGCUCGACCAGCCACCGGACAAACUGGUGUCUCUGUUUGAACAGAAGACCGUCAAAGGCUGGUGGCCUUGCACCUGCGAGAACAAUGGAGAGAAGAUCAUCGCUGGGAAGGUGGAGAUGUCGCUGGAGAUAGUGACAGAGCAGGAGCAAGAGGAGAGACCAGCCGGCCUCGGCAGAGAUGAACCCAACAUGAACCCUCACCUGGAGGAGCCUCAGCGUCCAGAGACAUCCUUCCUGUGGUUCUCCUCCCCUUACAAGACCCUAAAAUACAUCCUGUGGAGACGGUUCAAGUGGUUCAUCAUUCUCUUCAUUUUCCUCUUCUUCAUUAUCCUCUUCCUUGGAGUCUUCCUCUACUCCUUCCCGAACUAUGUUGCCAUGAAGAUGGUGGGACCAUUUGGACCAGCCAAGGAAACAACUUUGAAGCAUUUGAAGGAAUCUACUACAGACGUAAACAAAUAGAGACAAUGAGAAACCAUACCACUGUUCUGAGAGUGAAACAAGCACGGAUUUUAUUAGCCCUUUCUUCUUCUUUUUGAGACUUUUUCUGUUGUCUUCCUGGAGUCAUGAGGGAUGAAGUCAGCCAAAUUGUCAGAUCCAGAUGUCCUUUGAUAUAGUCACACCUGAUUAGCAGUGGCUGUAUGUGCGCUUAUGUUUGAUAUGUGUGCAUUUUGUGCCUUUACAGCUAGAUUCACUUCUGUACUUCUGUGCUGAAAGCGUUUCCAAAGUUACCAUCAGAACUCAGCGUGUGCCGUCUGCAUCGCUGUCAUCCCUCAGUCACCGCUUUCAUCUGUUUUCCCGCCUCGCGCUCUCUCUGCUGCCCUCAUGCAGGGGAGGAGGAGAAGAAAAGCUCGCUGCUGAGUGAGGCCGCGCUCCGAAAUGGCAGAAACAGAAUUAAAGAUCGUGAUUUUGAUGGUGUUUGAUCUUUUUACCGCCCGCUGCUUCCCUGCGAGAGGCAUAGUCAGGUCAGGCAGUCAGUUUACUGACUCAUGUCAAACUUUAUUACUCCAAAAAAUUCAAUCUGAGGUUAAAGCGUGGCGGGAGUUUUCAGCUAUCAUUCUCUUUGAAUCACCUUUUAAUGUUGUUGCCCUGCUGCUUUCAAGUGCAAUCAGGCUUUUAUUUUUAAAAUGUUCAGAUCAGAGUUAAGUUGUUAGAAGUGAAACAUAAUAUCCAGGCUCGGUGGUUUUUUUUCUUUGAUUAUAUUUUUAUUACAGCAGGUCACACACGAUGCCUUCAGGUUGUGUGGGAUUUCCCAGCACUUACUGAAUACUGUUAAAAACAAAUUUUCGAGCUCCUCUCCUUAACUAUCAGUUCUUCUCCUUCUUUUCCCUCAUCUUCCUCCGUUUUCCCCCUCCUCCUUCUCUAUCCAACCUAAUCCCCCUCCUCCUCAGGGUGCAGCAGGUUAAGUCAGGGAUUUGCUUUUGAGCCGUAUUAUUACACAGCAUGUUUUAGAUAGAUGAUGUGGGCUGAUAUGGACACACAAGGACACAUUGUGUUGUUGAUCCUUAAACCGCUCAAGCUUUAGCGAGCAAAGCCGAACAUCGGUGAACGAUAAAGAAGAACAGAGUCAUGAUUUGAAAAAUUUUA